GGCUGGGAGAUAGCGGUGCAUGGCUGGGAGAUAGCGGUGCAUGGGCUGGGAGAUAGCGCUGCAUGGCUGGGAAAUAGCGGUGCAUGGCUGGGAGAUGGGGCGUGGUACAGUGUAGUGCCCCCCGAAGCCCUGAAACACUGGCGCGUCGCGCACCUUCCACCACUGUACUGUUGUGCAGAUCGAUCAUCACUUUUUCGCUUGGCGUUGAGCACUCCCCAACGCUCACGACACAGGAACCCCCGUUCCUCUUUCUCUUUUCCUCCACGAAAACACCAUCUCAACAAAAUCCACCUUCGACGAUCACUUGUGAUAUACCUGGGGAAUACAGAGAGACUGCAGUCAAGGGGAGAGAAUUGUGACGACAUAAAGGACCGGUCUAGCGUUUGUGAGCUGCUGUGCGGCUGGUGACGCGGACGGACCCAGGGGGACAGAAAGACGAAGAUGUUGACUUUUCGAAGAGCUGUCGCAGCGGCGGCGCUCAUACUCACAAUCCUCUACCUCUUCACACAUACACACAGCGAUACCUCGCUAUUGCCCUUAAGCUCUGCCGCAGCAGAAAAGCAGCACGGCACCGAACACGCCUCGACAACCGCCUCACACCCCAAAGACGACAUCUCGAAACCCUCGCAGGCCUCUUCCAACUCCAAGAAACCCUCCAGCCAGCGCCCCCUCGUCGACCCCUCGACGCUCUCCCUCCCAGACAAGCUUGCCUACCACUUCCCCUACGACCUCCCCACCAAAUUCCCCGCCUACAUCUGGCAGACCUGGAAGCACACCCCCGCGUCGGGCAACUUCGCUGAGACGCUCCGCCCCGCCGAGGCCUCCUGGUCCGAGAAGCACCCCGGCUUUGUCCACGAAGUCGUCACCGACGCCGUCGCGCUGCACCUGCUGCGCUACCUCUACGCCGCCCUCCCUGAGGUCCUGCAGGCCUACGAGGCACUCCCCCUCCCCAUCCUCAAGGCGGAUUUCUUCCGCUACCUCAUCCUACUCGCGCGCGGCGGCAUCUACACCGAUAUCGACACGCACGCGUUGCGCUCGGCGCUCGACUGGAUCCCGGCGUCUGUCCCGCACGAGGCGGUCGGGCUCGUCGUAGGCAUUGAAGUCGACGCCACUGAUCGCGAGGACUGGGCGGAGUGGUACAGCCGGCGCAUUCAGCUGUGUCAAUGGACCAUCCAGGCGAAACCAGGACACCCUGUGCUGCGCAGCAUCGUGGCGCGCAUCACGGCCGAGACGCUGCGGAGGCAGAAGGCGGGCGCGCUGCACGUCAGCGACGAUAAGGUGGUGGAGUUUACGGGGCCGGCGGUGUGGACGGAUGCGGUGUUUGAUUUCUUCAAUGACGAGAAGUACUUUGAGGGCGUGAGGAAUAUCACCUGGCGCGACUUUACGGGGAUGAAGGGCCCGAAGAAGGUUGGUGAUGUGGUGGUGCUGCCGAUUACGAGUUUUAGCCCUGGGGUGCAGACGAUGGGGAGUGGAGAGUAUGAUGAUCCGAUGGCGUAUGUCAAGCAUGAGUUUGAGGGAUCAUGGAAACCAGAGAACCUACGCCAUAUCGGCAUCGUCUACGACGGCACGGAGAACGAACAAAUCGAAGCACAACAGAAGACGCAGCAAGAAGCACAAGCCCAAAAACAGGCGUAAAUGGUUGGCUUUCUCGCUAUCACAUUCGUUUCGCUUUUCGCCUCAAAAACAUCCAAACAAAAGAAUCUGUAAUAAUCCCGCCUUACUGACGCCAUGACACAUGCUGUUGUAUAUUAUACUUUCGUUUUCAGAGUGGGGUGGGUGGCUGGGUGCAUCAAGUGGCGUUGUUUUUACAAAAUUUCCUUGCAUCCAUUGAAGGGGUCGGCCCUGUACGAAUACAGCGUUGGCGGUGAGGAAUGUAAGAAGUCGAAGAGCAUAGGAGAAAGGAUUACAACAUGCGCGAUUCGUUUGCAAGAGAGUGCAGCUCGCACACGUUUGGCGUUUCGUUUUCACUCUUCCAGGGGCAGGCGAAUAAAAAAGCCACUUCGCUAAAUCCCGAAGACAAACGGGGGAGCUACAACUGCAUGCGGGUAUGAUGGUUUGCGCAGGGUAGUGAACGAGGGGUUUAGGGGCUGGGGGGCGGUUUGUCAGGUUCCAUUUCAAGAGCUGAAUAGGAGCUGUGGCAAUGUACUGUACUGUAUGUUGUAUGGCUUAAUAGAUGAAUUUUUC